AUGGGAAAGUCAUACUCAAACUGUUUUAAUUGUGAUGUUGUGGAUAUGGAUGCCUACGAGGUACUAUUAGGACGUCCAUGUCAAUUUGAUAUAGAUGCAUUGCACAAGGGUAGAGAGAACUCAUACAUGUUCACUUGGAAAAAAAAUAAGAAAAUCAUUGUCUUACCUUUUGGAUCUUCUACCAAAGCUUCUAAAGUGGAACCUUUUGGAUCUUCUACCAAAGCUUCUAAAGUGGAGGGAAAAUCCAUAGUAGCUGUUUUUUCCAAUGUACAUGAAUUAUCUAGUGCAAUUGAGAAGUCCAGAGGUGCGUUGGCAUUGCUGAUAAAACCGGAGGCAGUCCCUAAUAAAGGGACACUAAUACCACCACUAGUCAAAGAGUUACUAGAUGAGUUUCAUGCAAUAGUUAAAGAACCAUCUACACUUCUACCUUUGCGGGACAUUCAACAUCAAAUCAAUUUCAUCCCUUGA